AUGCCGACACGUUUAAAUUAUAAUCAAUCAUCAUUAAAUCAUCCAAAUAUAAAUCCUAAUAAUAAUAAUAAUAAUAAUUUAAAUCAAUUAUCAAUAAUUAAUACAAAUACUGAUAUGAUGUCUUAUAUAGGAAAAAUAUUAAUUAUAAAUCAAUAUCAAGUUAUUGUUGAAGAUAUACUUGGACAAGGUGGUUUUGCAUUUGUUUUUCUUGUACGUUCAUUAAAUCAACAACGUUAUGCACUUAAACGAAUGUAUGUUAAUAAUGAACGUGAUUUAAUUGUAUGUCAACGUGAAAUAUCUAUAUUAAAAGAAUUAUCAUCAUAUACAAAUAUUGUUAAAUAUGUUGAUUCAUCUAUACAACGUUUAUCAUCAUCAACACAAACAAAUAUACAACGAAAAUAUUUAUCAUCUAAUGAUAAUAAUAAUGAUGAUGAUGAUAAUGAUGAUGAUGAUUAUGAUUAUGAACAAGAUGCUAUUUAUGAAAUACUUUUAUUAACAGAAUAUUGUUCAAAUGGAACAUUAGUUACUCGUCUUAAUGAACAACGUAAUAAUGGUAUAACAUUAACGGAACGUCAAAUUUUACGUAUAUUUGCUGAUAUAUGUAAUGCUGUAAGUGCAUGUCAUUAUCGUCGUCCACAACCAAUAUUACAUCGUGAUAUUAAAUUAGAAAAUAUUCUUAUUGAUUCAAAUCAAUCAUUUGUUUUAUGUGAUUUUGGUUCUGCUAUAAUGUUAUCAUCUUCAACAACAAAUAAUUAUUAUCAACAAUAUCAAACAAAUCAAUUAACAACAACAAUUAUACAACAACUUGAAGAAGAAAUUCAACGUUAUACAACAUUAUCAUAUCGUGCACCAGAAAUGAUCGAUCUUUAUAGUCGUUUACCAAUAACAUUAAAAGUUGAUAUAUGGGCAAUGGGUUGUCUAUUAUAUAAACUUAUGUAUAAUAUAAUGCCAUUUGGUGAUAGUAUUUUAGCAAUACAAAAUGGAAUAUUUAUUAUACCAGAUGAUAUGUCACAAGUUUAUAGUCGAGAUUUAAAUAAACUUGUUCGAUUUAUGUUAGAAAUUGAUAUUAAUAAACGACCAGAUAUUUGGCAGGUCUCUUAUAUAACAUAUAAAUUACUUGGUAUCGAAUGUCCAAUUCCAAAUCGAUAUCAAUCAAAAAUUCCCGAUUUAAAUACAAUAUCAAUGCCCUUAACAGAAAGUGAAUCUCGUCAUCAACGAACAAUAGCUUCUGCAAGUGCGAAGUCUACAACACUAAAUAUUUCCGAUGAAAUAUCUACUCUUGGAACAGCAGUUAAUCCACGUGAACGUCCACGUGGUAUUAUAGCACCAUCAGGUUCAUUAAUUAAUUUUAAUCAAACAACACCACAACGGUCAACAACUGUUGUUGUUCCACCACCUCCACCAAUUUCAAUUCCUCCACCUGUAUCUAUUCCAACACGACCUUCUCAUCAACGAUCAGGUUCAGCCGCUCAAUUAAUGUUUGAUGAUGAUUUUUCACAAUUUCCAAAUCAUACACUUAGUUUAACUAAUAUUCCAAAUAUGACAACAACAACAACAACAACAACAACAACAACGACGACAACACCUAAAACAACAUCAACACUAGAAAGAAAUGUUUCUCGUGCACGUCCAUCACCACCAAUAUCAUUAUCUUCAUCAUCUGGUCUUGUUUUUCAACAACAAUUAUUUCCUCCUCCUCCUCCACCUACAUCAUUAUCAUCAACAAGUAAUACACAAUUAACAAGUUCAUCAAUAAUACAUCAUCAACAUCGACGUAGUGCAUCUCAAACAAUAAGUCCAACGAAUAAUCCAUUUUCAUUUCUACAUACAUCUUCUAUUGAAUCUAAUUUAUCAUUUGAUCGUCGACAUUCAAUUGAUUCAUCAGUCAAACAACAACAACAACAACAACAACAAACUCAACCAGUACUUUUUAUUGGUGAAGCAUCCGAUGAUGAUGAUGAUGAUGAUGAUGAUGCAUUAGCAACAAAUUUAAAUAAAUUAAAAGUUCAUAAUCAUUCAACAGAAAAUGUUAAAUCACGUGAAAGUCUUAUUUUAAAUGAAGAUGAUCGUUUAUUUGCUAAAACAUAUACAAUUAAUUCACAAUUAAAAUCUGAUGAUGAACAAUCAUCAUCUUCAUCAUCAUUAUCACAUGAUAAUGAAAAAUCAAACGAAAAAAACAAAAAAAAAUCUCAAAUAUCAAUAACACCAUUACGUUCAAGUCAUCAUCCAUCAACUGAAGAAGUUGAAAAACAUAUAUCAUCUCCUAGUAUAACAAAUAAAAAUCUUGUUAAACGUUUAAUUGGACGUUGUUCACUUCAACAACAACAACAAGAUGAACCUAAUGCAUCUUCAACACCUAAUAAACGUAAAGAUUCUAUGACACUUUCUAAUGAACAUCCUAUUCCUAUGAAUGAUCAAUCAGAUAAUGAAAAUGAUUCUGAUGAUGAUAAUAAAGAUUAUGAUGAUGAUGAUGAUGAUGAUAACAAUAAUCAUAAUAGUAAUAAUGUUGGAUUUGAUCAACUUAUUAAUGAAGAUUCCGAUGAUGAUACUACUGCACCUAUUCAAACAAUUAAUACAAAUAAAAGUAGUCGUUUUAUAACAACACGUUAUAAAGAACAACAAUAUGAACAUUUUCAAGAUUCUGAUGAUGAUAAUAAUAAUGAAACAAAUUCUUCUAUAACAAAACCUUCAUCUCAUUCACAUACAAAAUUAUUUAAUCUUUUUACAACAAAUUCAAAAACACAUCCAACUAAUGAUACAAAACGUACUAUUAAUGAGCAUAAUAAUCAAACAAAUUCUUCUUUUAUUGAUAAUACUAAUCCAUUUCUUCAUGCACCAUUUCAUUAUUCUCAUCGUUCACCAACACAUAAACCUGUAACACAAUCAUCAUCUUUAUCAACUCAUAUUGAACCAACAACUAUAUCAAAUAUGAAUUCCUUUGAUCCAACAAGUAUUGUAGUUGGAAAAAGACUUAGUGCAUUUGCUCCAUAUCAUAGACAAGAACCAAAUUCUAUUAUAAAUGUAACUGAUUCAACAUAUAAUUUCAAUAUAUCAAAACAAAAAAUUUCACAUUCAGAAUCUUAUCCUCCAGGUAAUAAUAAUAAUACUACAACAAAUAGUCCAGCAAUAACAAUAAAUCAAAAUAAUCAAUCAUCAAUAUCAAAAGAUGUUUUUACAAAUGCACCAUUUAAAGCAAAAUUAACAACUAAACAACAAAAUCCAAUGACAACAACAACAACAACUAAAACAAAUACAAUAUCUCCAUCAUCAUCUCAAUCUACAUCAUCACCAAAUUCACAAUUAAUUGAUUUGACUAUUCCAACACAAACAAUUGUUGAUUCAACAACAACAACAACAACAAAAGAACAAUCACAAUUAUCACCAUCACGUCGUCCUGUUGGUUCAGCUGGUUUAGUUGCAAAUUUUAGUACAUUUAAAACAGCAAAUAAUCAAUAUUAUUUUCAUACAGAACAUAAUAAUAAUGAUGGACAUUCAUCAAGUGAAGAAUUAACAUCAUCAUCAUCAUCAAUACGAAAACGUUAUCGUAAAAAAAAAUCUUCAAAUAAUACCGGACAUGAUUCCCAACAACAUGCAUAUGCAAAUUUAUCUUUUAAUGAUGCUAUUGUUGACGAAUUACUUUAA